GUCAAACUAAAUAAAAUCGAAAGAAAAUCCACACAGAUUAAUGCCUCCAAGUUUGACUUCUCCAUUCCCUUACAUGAUACGUUGUUUCAAAUUUCUUCAUCUGUUCAAUCUGAAUCCUCCCUGUUCCGUAUGAAAUUUAAGCAGAAUUAUAUCAGUCGGAUCUUUAUCUAACCUAAAACAAUUUUGAAUUGAAUUGGUUAUGGCGGCGGUACAGGCUGAGCAGCGGUUGUGGGACGGCGUUUUGGAGCUGACUAAGGCGGCUCAAGAGAAGGGCACCGACCCUCUGAUGUGGGCCAUGCAACUAUCUUCAAACCUCACCGCCGCCGGAAUCUCCAUGCCUUCCACUGAGGUUGCGGAGCUUCUUGUAUCGUACAUUUGCUGGUCCAAUAAUAUCCCCAUCGCCUGGAAAUUCCUUGAAAAGGCCCUGACUAUCCGUAUAGUGCCUCCUAUGUUUGUUGUUGCGCUUCUCUCAACUAGGGUGAUUGCCAAUCGGAGGAGGUACCCGGUGGCAUAUAGGUUAUACAUGGAGCUUCUUAAAAGAUAUGCUUUCUCGUUGCCAUCUCUAACUAAUGGCCCGAGCUAUAAAAAGAUUAUGGAAUCCAUAAAUGUUUUCCUUCAUUAUUCCCAAAUAUUUGAAAUUCGGUCAUCAGAACCUGGGCUUCUUCUUGUUGUAUAUAUAUUUUCCAUCGUAUGGGAGCUACUCGAUGCGUCGCUUGAUGAUGAAGGUUUGCUAGAACUCACUUCUGAGAAGAAAUCUAGGUGGCUGACCAGGAGUCAAGACAUGGAAAUUGACAAACUUGAUAGCUUUGAUGGGAAGAGAAUGGAACACCAAGAAGCUAUGCAUAAAAUGAAUACUAUUACGGCUCUUGAAAUAAUUGGUGAAUUUUUUCGGAAUAAAGUAACUUCCCGGAUCCUCUAUUUGGCUCGUCGAAACAUGCCCACACACUGGGAAUACUUUAUUCGGAAUUUGCGAUUGCUUGCUGCUAAUUCGUCAUCUUUAAGAAACUCGAAGCAUAUUUCUCCAGAGGCCCUCUUGCAGUUAACAGCUGAUACACGUCAACUCCUAUCUCGUAAAUGCAAAACAAACUUACAGCAACAGUUUCAUGCUGUAACAGCUGGAUCUCCCGUGUCUUCCUCUGGUCAAUGUCAUGGUGUUGGCCGUUCAGCACUCUGGCUUACUAUAGAUCUUUAUCUUGAAGACACAAUGGAUGGAUCACAAGUGGCAGCUACCAGUGCUGCUGAAACUCUUACUGGUUUAGUAAAGGCUCUCCAGGCAUUAAAUCAGACCUCCUGGCAGGAUGCAUUUCUUGGUUUAUGGAUUGCUGCUCUACGUCUUGUUCAAAGGGAAAGGAAUUCAAGCGAAGGUCCAGUUCCUAGGCUUGAUACUUGUCUGUGCAUGUUAUUGUCUAUUACGACUCUUGCAGUUGUCAAUAUUAUUGAAGAGGAGGAGAUUUCUUUGAUCAGAGAAGCUGAACGAAGCUCCAUUAAUCAAAGGAAAGACGUACAGUCUGUGGGAAAGCGGCGGCGAGACCUAGUUUCCAGCUUACAGCAGUUAGAUGAUUUUGAAGGUUUGCUGAUUCCACCACCACCUGUAAGUUCAUUGGCUAAUCAAGCUGCUGCAAAAGCAAUGAUGUUCCUUUCAGGCCUAACAGUAAGCGGUGGACAACUUGAUGGCAUGAGUUUUAAUGACAUGCCUGUGAAUUGUUCUGGAAACCUGCGGCACCUGAUUGUUGAGGCUUGCAUUGCUAGAAAUGUCUUGGAUACAUCAGCUUAUCCGUGGCUCGGAUAUGUAAAAGGUCGUUGCAGCCAAGUUCCCCGAAGUGUUUCUGGACAGGUGACUGGUUGGUCAUCAUUAAUGAAAGGGUCCCCGUUAACACCUCCAUUGGUCAGUGCCUUGGUAUCAACUCCGGCUUCUAGCUUGGCAGAAUUAGAGAAAAUGUAUGAGAUUGCUGUCACUGGUUCGGAGGAUGAGAAGAUGUCUGCUGCUACAAUAUUCUGUGGGGCUUCUCUAACUCGUGGAUGGAAUAUACAGGAGCACACUGUCCUGCUUAUUGCAAGACUGCUUUCGCCUGCAAUUCCUACAGAUUUUUCCGGAAGUGAGAGCCAUUUGAUAGGUUAUGCCCCAUUGCUGAAUGUACUCCUAGUCGGAAUAUCAUCUGUCGAUUGCAUUCAGAUUUUUUCAUUACAUGGCAUGGUUCCACAACUUGCGGGUUCAUUGAUGCCAAUCUGUGAGGUCUUUGGUUCCUGUGCACCCACCAUCUCGUGGACUCUUACAACAGGGGAGGAAAUUUCUUCCCAUGCUGUAUUUUCUAAUGCAUUCACUCUGCUAUUGAAGUUAUGGAGGUUUGAUCAACCUCCUAUGGAAAAUGUCUCAGGAGAUGUCCCUCCAGUUGGAUCCCAUAUAACUCCAGAAUACCUCUUAAUGGUGCGCAACUCCCAGUUAGCGUCAUAUGAGAAUCCACUGAAGGAUCAAAAUAAAAUCAAAAGAUUGUCAAGAUUUUCAAGUCCAUCAUCUAGAGAGCCAAUAUUCAUGGAUUCUUUUCCAAAGUUAAAGCGUUGGUACAGGCAGCAUCAAGAAUGUAUUGCUUCCAUCCUUUCUGGUCUGGUACCUGGAACCCCUGUUCACCAUAUUGUGGAGGCCCUUCUGAAUUUUAUGUUCAGAAAAAUAAAUAGGGGAUGCCAACCACUGACUUCUACAACUUCUGGAAGUAGCGCCUCUUCUGCGUCUGGAGCUGACGAUUACUGUCUACGUCUUAAAUUACCUGCUUGGGAUAUUCUUGAAGCUGUUCCUUUUGUGCUUGAUGCUUCCCUGACUGCCUGUGCCCAUGGGAGAUUGUCACCCCGUGAACUGACUACUGGUUACAUUUCUAGAAUUAUCAUCUUCGAAGGACGCUUAUGCUGUUGUCUCAGGAAGCAUUUUGUCUUUUGUUUAUUUUUAUUACAAGUUAAAUAUGGUCAGGUUUCUCUUGCUUCUGCAAUGACCCAGGUGAAGGUUGCAGCUUCACUGGGGGCAUCUUUGGUUUGGAUGACCGGUGGAUUGAGCUUGGUUCAAUCUUUAAUUAAAGAAACACUGCCAUCAUGGUUCAUAUCAGUUCAUGGAUCGGAGCCCAAUGGCGAGGAUUCAGGAGGUAUGAUUGCAAUGCUCGGUGGUUACGCUCUCGCAUACUUCGCCGUAUUUUCGGGUAUAUUCGCCUGGGGAGUCGACCUGACACAAACGGCGUCUAAACAUCGGCCUAAAGUUCUCGGGAAGCACUUUGAAUUCCUAGCAAGUGCCCUAGAUGGAAAAAUAUCGCUCGGUUGUAACAAGGCUACCUGGAAGGCUUAUGUCACGGGUUUCGUGAGCUUGAUGGUGGGAUGCACGCCGAUGUGGAUGCUGGAGGUGGAUGUACAAGUUUUGAAGAGUGUUAGUAAAGGAUUAAAACAGUGGAAUGAGGAAGAACUUGCAGUGGCCCUCCUUGGAAUUAGUGGAAUCAAUGCAAUGGGUGCAGCUGCUGAAAUGAUUAUAGAAACUGGAUUUUGAAUUUUGUUAGGUAAUUUGCUCAGAAAAUUUUUCCUUAGUUACACGAUUUGUACCUACGGGGAAACUUUAGAAACCUUACUUUUAUUAAUUUCAAUGUAGAGGUAUGGAAUAUAGUCUUGUAUAGUUCGAAGUUUAGGUAAAAUGUGAUUUUAACACUGUACAUAUGAUCCUCCAGGGAUUGGAGCAGACUAUUCAUUUUAGUUUGGAUAUUGGAUUAACUUAGAUGCAUUUCA